AUACCUAUUAAUCUGGUAAGUGACCAACGCACGUGUUAAGCAAACUCUUGAUUGAAAAAAUCUAAUAAAAUUACCGAAGCAUGUCAUUUCCUGAAGAAAGUAUGGAUAAUAAUGAAGGGGAAGCUUAUCUCCCGGGUCAGCCAAUGGAAGAAGGUGAAGAACUGGUUUAUGACAAAUCGGCUUAUAUACUAUAUCACAGAGCUCAAACUGGUUCUCCUUGUCUCAGCUUUGAUAUUCUCUGUGCUGAUGGAGAUUCAAGUAAUGUUGAAGAAUUUCCACUUUCUAUGUACAUGGUCUGUGGAACUCAAUCGGAAAAAGUUGGACAAAAUAAAGUAAUAGUUUGCAAAAUGUCGAAAAUAAACAAGAAUAAGCAAGUGGACAGCGAUGAAGAGAGCGACAGUGAUAGUGAUGAUGACGACGAUGAUGAGGAAAACGAAGAAAACCCAGAAAUGGAAACUGUCUUUAUGAAACAUUUAGGGACAGUAAAUCGAAUUAGAUGCAGUGGGAACAUUUCCGGUAGAAGACUCGCUGCUUCUUGGUCUGAAAAAGGAAAGGUAUAUAUCUGGGAUAUGCAACAACCUCUACAGGCGCUAAAUGAUUCAAGAGUAAUGAACGAGAUUGCAGGAAAAGACUUGAAGCCUAUAUUUUCUUUUAACGGCCAUCAAAGUGAAGGGUAUGGCCUUGAUUGGAGUUCACUAGUACCUGGAAAAUUAGCAACAGGAGAUUGUAAAAAAAAUAUUCAUAUAUGGAAAAUGAACGAAAGCGGAUGGACAGUUGAUCAAAGGGCAUUCAAUGAUCACACCGAUUCCGUAGAGGAUAUUCAAUGGUCUCCUAACGAAGCGUCGGUGUUUUCUUCGUGCUCCGUAGAUAAAUCCAUUAAAAUUUGGGAUGAUAGAGCUCCUCCGAACAAAGCAUGCAUGAUAACUGUAGAGAAUGCUCAUCAAUCAGACGUCAAUGUUAUUCACUGGAAUAGGAAGGAGCCUUUUAUUAUAUCCGGAGGUGACGAUGGCGUUCUGAAUGUUUGGGAUUUAAGGGAAAUUUCUUCUAAACCUUCUCCUGUAGCUACAUUUAAACACCAUACAGGACCAAUAACAAGUGUAGAAUGGCAUCCAUCAGAAGGCUCAGUUUUUGGAGCAACGGGAGCGGAUAAUCAAUUAACUCUUUGGGAUUUGGCCGUUGAAAGGGACUCAAAUGAAAAAGAACCAGAAUGUCCACCUCAGCUUUUAUUUAUUCACCAAGGUCAGAAAGAGAUGAAAGAAAUGCACUGGCAUCCACAUUUGAGUGGAGUGGUUAUAAGUACUGCGUUGUCAGACUUUAAUAUCUUCAAAACAAUUAGUGUUUAA